CACGAGCGAUAAACCUCGUUUGCGGGCUAGAUUAAAAGUUCCUGAUAAAUUGGCGAUAGUCUAUCGGUAACGUAUAGACGACGUUGAUCCCAGUACAUUAUUACAGGCGUGGUUCAUAUUUUCGUCUAUUGUAUCGCACCUUCCGAUCUAUCGAUCUCCACGACUAUACAAACGACGAAUAUUAAUGUACAUCAGACCGCUGAAAAAUUGACACGAUCCUGCUCGAGAACUUUGAGGGAAAAUUGAGGUGUGUGUGUGUGCAAAUGUUGAAGAAUACAUUCACAGGGAAUUUAGAACACGUUUGUUGAUCGAUUAAUGUACGGGUGUGCAGGCUGAGGGAUGAAAUAACGAUUAACAUGCAUGAAAUAAAAAUAAUAACUCGCUUGUUUUAUACCUUAAAUCAUACGAAGCUAAUACGAAAUUUAUAUUUCAUGAGAACGGAGUAGAUUAAAAGUCCAACGGUAUACAUAUGAUGAUAAGGAUAAAUAGAUUAUUUUCGGGAAGUCAAGAAUAGGGGAAAAGAAUUCAAGUUCGCAUAUAUCACGUAAAAUCGUAUAUACAAUAACGAAUAAAUACGUGAAUAUUUCUUGGAAUGUAAAUAUCGUAAAUAUAUGUGUAAAAAAUUUGACAGUGUACGUCGAAUGAGGAAGAACUAUACCUGAAAAUUCGUGUUGUGCAAUAUUCGUGUUUCCUGUGAUCUUGCGGCGGGAGAAAAAAAGAAGAAAAAAGGAAGAAGAAGAAGAAGAAAAAAAAACAACAAAAACAAUAAAAAUUUGUCAUUUGACAUUUGUCUGCGGCAAAUGCGGCAGACUUUUUCCUGGUCUCGAAAAAGACGGAGGUGAUAGUUGCGAAUAGAACCGGGUGUUGGUUGCAUAAAUAGUCUAAAGUGGGUGCCCAGGAUAAUACCGAAGGCGACAGUGUCGUCCUCCUUGAAAUGGACUCCGUAGCCGUGACCGUGCCACUUCGACCACCGACGAAAAAAAUGAAAAAACGCAAGGAACUCGAUGCUUUGGCUGCUCCUCACGCCAUCACAAGACGAAAUUCUGGCAAACGCAGCUCCCAGGUAAUGCAACAAAUCAGCAAGGAACUCCUGACGGACAGCAGCGACGACAGAUCCGAAUAUUGGAGCGUCUCGACUCGGGGGGGUCGCAAGUGUCGAGGAGGUCGAAGAAGUCGGAGUUGUCCUGGUUUUCUUCGAGCUUGCAGCGCAUUUUUGGCAUGUGCCUCGAUACUCGCCACAGCAACGUUGAUCUGGUUGUUUAUCGACGUUCGUCAGCAGCUCAGUGCUCUUCGUACGGAAUUGGACCAAGUUAUAGCUGGCAAUGAAAACGUGCCGGAUACCCUCCAGAAGUAUCAUUCGCUGUCGAGGGAUCUUCAGAACAACCAAACGAUCAUAUUCGCCAAUCUGAACGACAUCAAACUUCAAAUAGCCAAUUUCACGACUCAGCUAUCGACUCUUCAGCACGGGCUUCACGAUGUUCAGAAUACUAUAAAGGCUGCGCCAGAACUCAGCAGCGUUCCCGAAGAGUUGAAAUCUCUCAAGGACAAUCAAGCGACGAUCGGUAGCCAAGUGAAUGACUUGAAAAAUACCGUCGUCUCCCUUAAAUCAAGCAAUACCAGGAUACAAGAUGUCCAAAAUAAUCUAUUGGCGAAUAUAACAACGUUAGAGAAUUCACUGGCGACGCUAUCUAACAACGUACAGCGUCCUGAAGCUGUACUUUCUGAUGAAAGUAAAGCUCAGAUUGAAUCGAUGCGCACGGAGAUUACUCAGCUGGUGAGAAACCUCACUCUACUUGCUGAAAAUUCGACGCAAUAUCUCAAGUGGACAACUGAGAAUCGGAAGGCAGACCUGAAACAGUUGGGUGCGGUACAGGAGCAAGUGGCGAAUGUCAGUACGAAGAUCGCGUCGUUGGAGAACGAAUGCGCGAGGAUAACAAAUGUGGCAACAAUGAAAGACUCGGUUGCCAAAUUGUCCGAGAGCUUGAAGGCUGGUAACCUUGAACUAGAAGAGAAGCUGAAGCAAUUGGAUAAUAGGUACAACACGUUGCAAAACUCUAGCGAUGCGAUGUUGGCGUCUAUUAUCAAGCUCCAAAAAUUGACAGCGAGUGUCACAGCUCAAGACGCAAACUUGACUGGGAAAGUUCUUAGUCGUAAAGACGUCGGAGAAUCAUCAGUGACCAAAUUGCUAGGGCAGGUGUCUGAUGAAGGAGGGACAAAUGGAAAAUCACCAAGCCAAUCGGCUCUGGAUUCUGUACCAGUUAAACCAAUACGGAAAAGCAAUACGGGAGGUGAUGGCACUACGUAACUUGGAACCUGCGAUUACUUAUUGAAUUCUACUGAUUGAACAAAGUCCUAUGUAAAGUAAAAAUUAGUAAUAAAAACUCUCGCGAAAGUUAGGGUAAUACCUUUACAUGUCUGGGUGUAUAUACAUAUAGAUAUAAAAUAAUUAAUCAAUUAAUUGUUUAUAUUAUCGUAUUAUUUGAAAGGUAUUGUUGUCAGAGAUUUUGGUUCGUGUAAUCAAUAUAGCGUGAGAGAUACGUACAUACUUCUUAUCUCAAUUGUAUCAAAGUCGUAAUUAAUAAUGUGUACCAGUUACAAUAGUUACGUAGUGUAUACAUAAUUGCAUGAAACGAGAUAUGCUACAUAUGAGAACGACGUUUCAACGAAUUGUAAAUAUAUCAUGUGAGUGAGAAUGCAUUUAAUAAUUAAUUUCAGUCGUAUAUUAUCAAUAUUUCUAUUAUUUAUUUAUAUAGUUAAUGUGUAACAAAUUCCCAGAUAUAUUGAGGUGAACAGUACAAAAUCCCUAACGGUUUGAAAAUAAUUUCUCAAUAUUGCGCAUAAAGGGUGUUGUCAUUAUUCUUGUACAUUUUAUAUAGGAAAAAAAAACAUACAAAAGAAAAAAGUAAAAAAAAAGUUCGGUAGACGUUAGUGGAUCCCGUUUGAAGCGAUGGCAACGGCACGAUCAGUCACGGUAUCAGUAACUGAAAAGCAUAAAUAAAUAAUGCGUGACAUAGAUAGCAA